AUGACAAAAUCCGCCUCGUUCGACGUAAUAGGAACAUGUUUCACCUUCAACACCCCCAUCUCCACCAUCCAAUCCCGGCUUGGCUCUAAGCUAUCCACCGCAGCGGUGGACCCAAAAACUCUCUUCUUCUCCUGGUUCUAUGCCGCCCAACGCGACUUCACUUACGUUUCCAUGACCGGCUCCUACGUCCCCAUCGCCCAAGUCCUCAAGUCCACUUUCCGACGCGCAUGCGCCGUUGUAGACCUACCCGUGGACGCCGUCAGCGACGAAGACGUAGAGGAAGUCAUGAAAGCGUUCAAGGCCAUGGGGCCGCGAGAUGGGCUGAAGAAGUGUUUCGACGGCCUGAGAGAGGCGGACUGGGAUGUUUAUGGCGUUACGAAUGGAGGGUCAGAGACCUCUUUGAACUACUACCGCAACGCGGGGAUUGAGUUGGAUGAAGCGCAUUUGCUUAGUUGUGAUAGUAUCAGCAUUGCGAAACCAGAUGUGCGCGUUUAUGAGAACGCAGAUAGGCAUCUGACGGAGAGGGGACUGGGCAAGGAGGAGGGGGAGAGGUGGUUUGUUGCGGCGCAUGCUUGGGAUCUGAUUGCGGCGAGGAAGGCGGGGUUUAAGACUGCAUAUUUGGAUUUUGAGGAACACGAUCCUUGUACGGAUGUUUUCGGCGAGUUUGAUCUGUACGCGUCUAGUAUGGAGGAGUUGUUGGAGAAGUUGAAGAACGUGAAGUAA